AUGUCGCUUACCUCCACAGACAUUGAUCAGAGAGAACUGAUGUAUUGUUUCACUGCCAAGAAUGAAAUAUGGAAUCAGGCCCUAUUAGUAAAGAGAAGCUACAGUUUUCAAAUUCUUUCUUCAAUUUUAGAAAGCUGUACAUCUGCCGAAGUUGUUGCCGCUGUUGAUGUGAACACUCUUGCCAAUGAAGUUUAUAAGCACAACUUCCCCAGCACACCAUUGUGGGCAAAGACAAUUGAGGGCAUAACAGUGAAAGAAUUUGACAGAUUAUCUUUUGAUAUGAUUUUGAUGAGUCCUCCCUGUCAGCCAUUUACGAGAAUUGGCCUGCAAGGUGAUGUAUCCGAUCCACGGACAAAGAGCUUUCUCUAUAUCCUUGAUAUUCUCCCAAGGCUCCAGAAGCUUCCAAAAUACCUACUUUUAGAAAAUGUUAAAGGAUUUGAAUCCUCUUCUGCGAGAAAUGAGCUUUUGCGAACACUAGAAGCAUGUGGAUUUAAAUAUCAAGAAUUUCUCUUGUCUCCAACCUGUCUUGGCGUUCCCAAUUCUAGGCUGCGGUAUUUUCUAAUUGCGAAGCUUCACCAAGAACCGUUUUCCUUUCAAGCUCCUGGUCAGAUUUUGACGAGAUUCCCAGACCAGGAUCUAGAAGACUUACUCAAGGACAAAGUUGCUGACAAAGUGGGUGAAGCUGGUUCUUCCUUGUCUUCUGAAGAGAAGAAGCUGUUUCCAAAUAUUGGUCUUGAUUGCGGCAGCAAGAAGAGUUUACCAAAAGGGGCUUUUCUUUUUAAGCUUGAAACAGUAGAAGAAAUGGAAAGGAAACAUGGUCAGGACAAUGAUUCCUCUAUUCAAAUGCUAAAAGAUUUCUUGGAAGAGGAAAAUGAAGAAAUGAGACAGUAUUUCUUACCACCGAAGUCCUUACUGCGCUAUGCUUUCUUGUUAGACAUUGUUAAACCCACCUGCCGGAGAUCCACAUGCUUUACAAAAGGGUACGGACACUAUGUAGAGGGGACAGGCUCAGUUCUGCAGACAGCAGCAGAUGUACAGCUUGAAUCGGUGUUUAAACGCAUUGAGGAGUUGCCAGAAGAAGAGAAGCUUACAAAAUUGUCAACGCUAAAACUGAGGUACUUUACUCCAAGAGAAAUAGCAAAUCUUCAUGGAUUCCCUGUGGAAUUUGGCUUUCCUGACAAAGUGACAAUAAAGCAACGCUAUCGUCUUCUGGGAAACAGCCUCAAUGUACGUGUGGUGGCAAAAUUGAUCUGUGUUCUGCUUGAGUAA